CAUGAAGCUGCCCCUCCUGCCCUGGGCCCUGCUGCUGCUGGCGACAGCCCCCGGCCCAGGCUCCGGGCCUACAGCAGGUGCCCAGGAGAGCUGCUCCUACCGCUGUGGGGACUGGAACGAGCAGUGCUCCUGCCACCCGACCUGCUCUGGCCUGGGCACCUGCUGCUCGGACUUUCGGGACUUCUGCCUGGAGAUCUCGCCCUACUCGGACUCCAUGAUGGGCGGCAAGGACUUCGUGGUGCAGCAUCUCAAUUGGUUCAACUCCACGGACGGCGUGAUCUGCAGGUUUAAUGAGAGCAUCCAGACCCGCGGCCACGUGGACUCCUUGGGACUUGUGCACUGUGUGUCACCUUUGCUCUAUGAAACUGGCCGCAUUCCCUUCACACUGUCCAUGGACAAUGGCCGCUCCUUCCCGCGCUCGGGCACCUGGCUGGCUGUGCACCCCAACAAAGUGUCGCAGACAACAAAGAUCCAGCUGGAGAACGAGACCCGCUGGCAAUACUAUGGCACCGCAGGCACCAAGGGUAACCUCACCUUGACCUGGCAAGCCACAGUUCUGCCCACGCACUUCGUCACCAUUGAGCUGUGGGGUUACGAGGAGACAGGGAGGCCAUACUCAGGGGAGUGGACAGCAAAGUGGUCAUACCUGUACCCCCUGGCCACAAAUGUCUCCAACUCCGGCUUCUUCACCUUCACCCCGAAACCUGCGCCUCAAAACUACCAGAGAUGGGAAGUGGGUGCUAUUCGGAUCAUCAACAGCCAAUACUCCUCUGGGGAGAAGGACGUGCAGGCACUCUGGAGCAAUGAGCAUGCACUGGCCUGGCACCUGGGCGAUGACUUCCGGGAGGACCCCGUGGCCUGGGCCCGUACUCAGUGCCUGGCCUGGGAGGAGCUGGAGGACCAGCUGCCCAACUUCCUGGAGGAACUGCCCGACUGCCCGUGCACCCUGGCCCAGGCCCGGGCAGACACCGGCCGCUUCCACACGGACUACGGCUGUGACAUUGAGCAUGGCAGCGAGUGCACCUAUCACCCAGGGGCUGUGCACUGCGUGCGCUCCGUGCAAGCCAGCCCCCGGUAUGCCUCGGGCCAGCAGUGCUGCUACACGGCAGCGGGCACGCAGCUCCUGACGGCCGACUCGACAGGCGGCAGCACCCCGGACCGCGGCCACGACUGGGGCGCACCCCCGUUCCGCGCACCGCCCCGGGUGCCCGGCCUUUCCCACUGGCUCUACGAUGUCAUCAGCUUCUACCACUGCUGCCUCUGGGCGCCCGAGUGCUCCCGCUACAUGCGGCGCCGGCCCUCCAGCGAUUGCCGGACCUACCGGCCCCCACGCCUGGCCUCCGCUUUCGGGGACCCACAUUUUGUCACCUUUGAUGGCGCCAACUUCACGUUCAAUGGGCACGGUGAAUACGUGCUGCUGGAGGCAGCCCUGACUGGCCUGAGCGUGCAGGCACGGGCCCAGCCAGGGACGACACCUGAGGGCACACAGGCCCGAGGCACAGGGCUGACUGCUGUGGCUGUCCAGGAGGGCAACUCGGACGUGGUGGAGGUCCGGCUGGCCGACGGUGUGGGGGUCCUGCAGGUGCUGCUGAACCAGGAGGUGCUCAGCUUUGCCGAACAGAGCUGGAUGGACCUGCAGGGCAUGUUCCUGUCGGUGGCUGCUGAGGACAGCGUAUCAAUCAUGCUGUCAUCGGGGGCUGGCCUGGAGGUCAGCAUCCAGGGGCCUUUCUUGAGCGUGACGGUCCUGCUGCCCGAGAAGUUCCUUAACCACACACGAGGCCUCCUCGGGACACUCAAUGACAACCCCACAGAUGACUUCACCCUACGCAGCGGGCAGGUUCUGUCCGCAGGCGCCAGUUCCCGACAGCUAUUCCAAUUUGGGGCUGACUGGGCUGUGGAGAACGCCUCCUCCCUGCUCACCUAUGACUCCCUGCUCCUGGUCAAAGACUUCCUGUACGGCCCCAAGCAUGACCCUACCUUCCAGCCCCUCUUCCCCGACGAGACCACCCCCAACUCCAGCCAUGCGACUGAGGUGGCCGAAUUGUGUGGGGACAACCAUUUCUGCAGCUACGACGUGGCGGCCACUGGGAGCCUAAGCGUGGGCAAUGCCACGCGGACGGCCUACCAGCUGCACCAAAGUCGUGUGCAGAGCCUGCAGUCCGUGGUGUCCUGCGGCUGGUUGGCCCCGCCCCUCAAUGGGGGCAAGGAGGGCAUCAGGUACCUGGUGGGCUCCACCAUCCACUUCCACUGUGACAGCGGCUACAGCCUGUCCGGGGCAGAGGCCAGCACCUGUCAAGCUGAUGGCACCUGGUCCACGACCACCCCGACAUGCCAGCCAAGACACAGCUACACGGUGCUGCUGAGCAUCAUCUUUGGAGGCCUGGCAGUGGCAGCUCUGGUCGCCGUGGUCUACGUGGUGCUGCGCCGCAGGAAGGGCAACAUGGCCAUCUGGGGUUCACAGCCCUGAUGGGAGCGCGCUUGGCUGGCAACAUGAGGCACACAGGCCACCCCGGGGCCACAGACCAACCUCCCAAGAGAAAGCCUUGAACUCCCAAGAACAUACACCCCAGUACUUCGAUCCCAAAUCCCUAGCA